CGUUUUGUUGUGUUACGAUCUGCCUUAGUAGCUGUCAGCAUUUUAUCCAUAUCUCUUCCAGUGCGCCAGCUGAUUUUGUUUUCGUGUUGGGCUGGAGUGCGAUGUUUGUUUUGAAUCGAAAUCAAAAUGUUUCUAGCGCUUAAAAAAUCGCGACUGUGUAAAAAUUGCUGCAUUUUAAGUAAACAAUCAAUUCUCACCGCAAACAGUGUGGUUAGGAAUCAUGGCUUGACAUCUCAUCGAAACGAAAAUGUGCGAUCUAUAUCUACCGGAGUUCCACGGUUUUCGCACGGGACGGACCGGUGGAGCGAGGAUUUUCAACAAUACGGAUUGACUUUCGAUUCAAUAAGCAGCAAACCACCGAAAGAUGCCCGGGUGGUCAUUUGCGGAGGCGGAAUCAUGGGUGCUGCCGUUGCAUACCAGCUGGCUCAACGGGGUUGGGGCCAACACACGGUGCUCAUCGAGAAGGGACGGAUUGGCGAAGGGAACCCUUGGCAUUUCAGUGGUCUACUGGGGGAGCUGAAGCCGACCUAUUCGCAAGUUCUACUGGCCCAAACAUCGCUGGAAUUGAUUAAAGAGUUCGACAGGAAGGGUCUUCCGACGGGAUGGAAACAGACGGGUUCGCUAAACCUGGCAAGAACCCGGGACCGGAUGACGAUGUUCAGGAGGAUGAAAUCGCAGAGCGUCGCGUGGAACGUAGAAUGCGAGCUUGUGGCGCCUGAACGUUGCAAGGAGCUUUGUCCAAUUAUCGAAACUGAUGAUCUGAUUGGUGGAUUGUGGAUUCCGAAUGAUGGCAUUGGCAACCCGAAUGCCUUUGGCCAAAGUUUAGUCAAGGAAUCGUUGGAAAAAGGCGUGACCGUAGUCGAAAACUGUUCUGUUGUUAAAAUUAAUCAGCACAACGGUAGAGUGAAAUCAGUAGAUACAACUAACGGAUCGGUGGAGUGCGUAUACUUUGUCAAUUGUGCCGGAUUCUGGGCACGUCAAGUAGGUCAAUUAUCCGAGCCUUAUGUAAAAGUGCCCCUGCAUGCGGCCGAGCACUACUACCUACAUACAAAACCCAUCUAUGAACUUGAGUCCAGCAUACCGGUAGUUCGUGAUCUUGAUGGGCACAUUUAUUUCCGGGAAAAUAACGGCUGUUUGUUGGCGGGUGGUUUCGAAACGAAAGCCAAACCUGCAUACGAGGAUGGUGAUAUUCCGGCAUCGAUUGCGGAACGGAAACUCCCGGCCGAUUGGGAUCAUUUCCAUCCGCUGCUGGAGGAACUGCUACACAGAAUUCCGACGCUCAAAGAAGCCACCCUGGAACGACUGUCCAAUUGUCCGGAAGCCUUCUCUCCGGACUGCAAAUGGAUCAUCGGCGAGGCGCCAGAAAUUCAAAACUAUUUGGUAGCUGCAGGAAUGAAGACUGUUGGUAUGUCCGCCGCCGCUGGUGUUGGACGUGCCAUUGCCGAUAUCAUAACUCAAGGUUAUUCAUCGGUGGACCUUCAUGAACUCGACAUUUCACGCUUCCUGGGACUGCACAACAAUCGAAAGUUCCUCCGCGAUCGAGUACGGGAAGUGCCUGGCCUUCAUUACGAUAUGAACUAUCCAUUCUACGAGUUUCGAACCGGACGAAACCUUCGGAUGUCCCCGAUCUUUCCAGCUCUCAAAGAAGCCGGAGCCGUUUUUAGCCAGGUAAUGGGCUACGAACGACCUGCCUGGUUCGAUAAGAAGCACUCGUUGGAUGAGAAGGGUGUACCGAAGUUCAAGAUUGCCAGUACCGAUGGAUUUGGAAAACCACACUGGUUUGACCACGUGCAGAGAGAGUACGAGAACUGUCGAGAACGAAUCGGACUGAGCGAUUACAGCACGUUCACAAAGAUCGACCUGUGGUCUAAGGGAAGAGAGGUGGUAGAUCUGUUGCAGUAUUUGUGUUCCAAUGAUGUAGAUCAACCGGUGGGGUCAAUUGUCCACACAGGAAUGCACAAUCGUCACGGAGGGUACGAGAACGAUUGCUCGUUGGCUAGAUUGUCGGAGAAUCACUACAUGAUGAUUGCUCCGACGGUUCAGCAAGCCAGAUGCAAGGCUUGGAUCGAUCGCCAUUUGACUCCGGGAGGAAGGGUCAGUGUCUCCGAUGUUACAUCUAUGUUCACCGCCAUAUGUAUAAUGGGACCGUUUACGCGAAUUCUACUGUCGGAGCUCACCGAUACUGAUCUCUCACCAAAGAGUUUCCCGUUCUUUACCUGCAAGGAACUUGACGUCGGACUUGCAAAUGGAAUUAGAGCUUUGAAUCUAACGCACACCGGCGAGUUAGGAUAUGUGCUGUACAUCCCGAAUGAGUUUGCCUUGCAUGUUUACACGAAACUGAUGGAGGCCGGGCAGAAGUACGGCAUUAAGCACUGCGGAUAUUAUGCCAUGCGAACGUUGCGAGUGGAAAAGUUUUUCGCCUUCUGGGGUCAGGAUUUGGAUACGUUCACCACACCGUUGGAAUGCGGACGAAUGUGGCGUGUUAAGUUUGAUAAAGGAGUUGACUUCAUAGGAAGAGAUGCUUUGCUGAAGCAGCGUGAGAAGGGCGUCGAGAGAAUGUACAUACAACUGUUGAUUAACGAUCACGAUCCAGAUAUCGAUCUUUGGUGUUGGGGAGGUGAACCAAUCUACAGAAAUGGAGUAUACUGUGGUCAAACAACGACUACAGCCUACGGAUUUACGUUCAAGAAACAGAUUUGUCUUGGAUUUGUGAAAAACCUCGACUUCAAGGGGAAACCCCUCCCAGUAACCAAUGAUUUUGUCCUGAAUGGGGACUAUGAAGUCGAAAUUGCAGGCAUCCGAUAUCCAGCCAAGGCGAAUCUCCAUUCGCCCAAUCUGCCCACCAAGUAUCCGGAUCAGGAGCGCGAAGCAUACAAAGCGACUCGGGAUAAAUCGGACGAUUCUAGUCUGCUUGCUUACAAUAAGUGGUAAUCGAGGAUAAGAUAGGCACAAACGAUAUUCACACCUUAGGUGUGUACGAGUGACAAUAUUGAAAUUUACUGCAGCAAACGAAAGAGUGCAUUCAACUAACAGCGGUUCGUGAAAUUUAGUCCUUGUAUAUAUUUUUGAGAUGGUUUUUAUUUCUUUUCAGCACUGAUCAAUAAAGUUUGUCUUCCUGUUUAUUUUUAACAUUAAGCGAUAUUAUUUUACUUAUGCUUAUUAGGAAUAUACAUCAAAUAUACAUAUGACUUAUUCUCGAAUAAAAUUAUUUUGAGUAAAACUA